AUGUCGGUGCCGCUGCUCAAGAUCGUCGUGCUGAGCACCAUGGCGAUGAUCACCAACUGGAUGUCCCAGACGCUGCCCGCGCUCGUGGGCCUCAACACCACGCGGCUCUCGGCGGCCAGCGGCGGGACGCUCGACCGCAGCACCGGCGUGCUGCCCACCAACCCUGAGGAGAGCUGGCAGGUGUACAGCUCCGCCCAGGACAGCGAGGGCAGGUGUAUCUGCACGGUGGUCGCCCCCCAGCAGACCAUGUGCUCCCGGGAUGCCCGCACAAAACAGCUGAGGCAGCUGCUGGAGAAGGUGCAGAACAUGUCUCAAUCCAUAGAGGUCCUGGACAGGCGGACUCAGAGAGACCUGCAGUAUGUGGAGAAGAUGGAGAACCAGAUGAAAGGUCUGGAGUCCAAGUUCAAGCAGGUGGAGGAGAGCCACAAGCAACACCUGGCCAGGCAGUUCAAGGCGAUAAAAGCGAAAAUGGAUGAACUUAGGCCUUUGAUACCUGUGUUGGAAGAGUACAAGGCCGAUGCCAAAUUGGUAUUGCAGUUUAAAGAGGAGGUCCAGAAUCUGACGUCAGUGCUUAACGAGCUGCAAGAGGAAAUUGGCGCCUAUGACUACGAUGAACUUCAGAGCAGAGUGUCCAAUCUUGAAGAAAGGCUCCGUGCAUGCAUGCAAAAACUAGCUUGUGGCAAGUUAACGGGCAUCAGCGACCCCGUGACCAUCAAGACCUCUGGCUCAAGGUUUGGUUCCUGGAUGACCGACCCGCUGGCCCCAGAAGGUGACAACAGGGUCUGGUACAUGGACGGCUACCACAACAACCGCUUCGUGCGCGAGUACAAGUCCAUGGCGGACUUCAUGACCACGGACAACUUCACGUCGCACCGCCUGCCGCACCCCUGGUCGGGCACGGGGCAGGUGGUGUACAACGGCUCCAUCUACUUCAACAAGUUCCAGAGCCACAUCGUCAUCAGGUUCGACCUGAAGACCGAGACCAUCCUGAAGACGCGUAGCCUGGACUACGCCGGCUACAACAACAUGUACCACUACGCCUGGGGCGGCCACUCGGACAUCGACCUCAUGGUGGACGAGAACGGGCUGUGGGCCGUGUACGCCACCAACCAGAACGCCGGCAACAUCGUCAUCAGCAAGCUGGACCCCGUGUCCCUGCAGGCGCUGCAGACCUGGAACACCAGCUACCCCAAGCGCAGCGCCGGCGAGGCCUUCAUCAUCUGCGGGACGCUCUAUGUCACCAACGGCUACUCGGGGGGCACCAAGGUGCACUACGCCUACCAGACCAACGCCUCCACCUACGAGUACAUCGACAUCCCCUUCCAGAACAAGUACUCCCACAUCUCCAUGCUGGACUACAACCCCAAGGACCGCGCGCUGUACGCCUGGAACAACGGCCACCAGAUCCUCUACAACGUCACGCUCUUCCACGUCAUCCGCUCCGACGAGUUGUAGUCGGAGCCGCUGCCCGAGGCCGAGGGGCCCAGCCGCCCCCAGCUCACGGCCCCGAGGACAGCUGCCAAGAUGACCCCCGGGACCCGGCCGGAGAGGCCGCCGCCGCGGGGCUGCCGCCGUGGUGUGCUGCCUCUCCCACUCCCAGCCGCGGCCGGAGACCACGGGCUCGGGAAGGAAACCCCCUCUUUGCAGCUGGAACUGCAGCCCAGGGUCCCGGUCCCCGCCCCGCCCUGGCCCACUUUCUGGUCAAAUAACACACUAAGAAAUAAGGCGUUGACUGUUGGCCACUCCGCCCCAGAACCACCGCUGUUAGGGCCCAUGGACACCCCCAGGUCGUGGCCAGCCCUGAUGGACGUGGCGUCGCGUCUCCCCGAGGCCCCGGGCCACAUAGCUAGUCUCACUGGCCCCCCACAGCCAUGCAUUGCGUCUUAGGCUGUCCGUGCCGAGGACCCGGCGGCGCCCAGCCCUCGCCGUCGGUCAGCGCAGGGCAGAGCUGCCCGCGUGGCCGGAACCCCGUCCCCCGUAGAUACGUUGUGCAGUGUCCGUCCGUUCCUCCUUGAGGUGGUGACUUUGUGUGUUCAGUUACGCAGCGAAUGUCGUGACGCAAUGCCGUAGUCGGGUUAAUACGUGGAUGGCUUUUGUUUUGAAAAAGAAAAUAAAAAUCAGUGUUCGCCCUUCUAGAGAGAUAAUCACGUUCGUGUCCAUAAUAAUCGAAGGACUCCUGCUCCCCUCGCUCAGUUAGCAGAUGCGCAGCCGCGAGCCGCCCCCGGGCGCGCGCCCCAGGUGGCGGCGUGGAAAGCGCGUUUUUCAGUCAACACGAGGGAACUUUGUACACCCGGUUAGCUGAGGAACAAUAAAACACUA